UUUUUGAGGGAAAAAUAUCGAUGUAUGAUACCAUAUUUUUCACAUCCCUACUAAAUUACACCUUCAAAAAAUUGCAACUAAAUGGACUUGUACGACGAUAUUGAUACGAAGCCUCGAUCUAGCCACAUAGAUGGGUGGUCAUCAGGAAUUAAAAUGUUGCAGACGCAGCUUGCCGUAAAAAAGGCUCAGCCGAUGAAAAAACCAUUGAUGACACCCGCCGUCAGUCUUAGGAUUAAACGACCCGCUGAAGCAGAAUUAAUUCCGUUUAUGACCAAUGCGGUUGCUAAACCCAUUAUUACGGGUACAGCUUUGGCUUUACCCUUGCUACAUAAUGUAUCAAAGGACGAUUGGGACUUUGUUGAUGAAUACGAUCCGCAGUGGCCGAACGAGUAUGAAAAGCUUAAAGAAAGGUCCAAAAGUGUCGAAAAAACCCGUAGUAGUGCAGUAGGCAAUAGAGAAGAUCGCGAUCGAGAAAGGGAACGGAAACGAAACCGUAACGGGCGACGUGAUGCUCAGAAAGACGGAAGUUCACCUCCAUCUAUAAAAUUAAGCGGAUUUGGUCUUAGACAAUCUGAUGAAGAAAGGUACAGUCCCCCGUUGCCGGGCUCUGUAGCUAAACUUGGUGGUGGUGCAGCUAUUGCACCGCCACCGUCGCUUCAAGAAAUAUCUAUUGAAAGUGGAGACGGAUUGUCGAACGUUACCAUACCAUAUUCUGCGAGCUCUGUAGCCGCAAAGAUUAUGGCUAAAUACGGAUUUAAAGAUGGUCAAGGGUUGGGAAAAUCCGAGCAGGGUAUGUCUAUAGCACUUCAAGUAGAAAAGACUUCAAAAAGAGGUGGCAGAAUCAUACACGAAAAAGAUGUGUUUCUGCCUCCAUCGUUAAUGUCACCUCCUCCUGCUGAUUCUCCGCCUGGUCUUAGUCCCAACCAACAAAUACCAAUGGCGGUUCCGACCGGCAAUGGUCCAGAGCCAAGCAUUACUGAAAUCAUGAAGUCACCAAGCAAAGUUGUCCUUCUUCGAAACAUGGUCGGUCCAGGUGAUGUAGACGAGGAAUUAGAACCGGAAGUAAAAGACGAGUGCCAUACAAAGUACGGGGAAGUAAACAGCGUUAUAAUACACGAGGCAUUUGGCACAGCGCCGGAGGAUGCAGUAAAAAUUUUUGUGGAAUUCAAACGAAUUGAGAGCGCUAUUAAAGCUGUUGUAGAUUUAAAUGGACGAUUUUUUGGGGGAAGACAAGUUCGAGCACUGUUUUACAACUAUGAUAAAUUUAAGAGUUUUCAAUUGAAUUAAAUAAAAAAUUUAUAUUCGUU